UAGUUUCAAUCAAAUGUUGAUUUGUGUUCUGAAUACAACCUUUAAUUUAUUCCCCAUGUAUAGUGAGGUUUGCAGUCACUACAUGUGACGAACAGUUGGUGCAUGACAGAUCGGUGCGCGAUGGACAGUGGUGCUUGAUUUUGCAUCGUUGCAACCUUACCCAUCGUCUUUCAAGAGCCCAGAGAAAAAUUCACUGAUAGAGAUCAUUACAACGAUUGUGCAGGAAAUGAACAAUGGGGUGUGGCGGAAGCACCGAAAGAAAAAACAAAGAAGAUGCACAUUUGACAGCUGGCGUUUUGCCAAGGCAAAAAAUUAGCAUCAGAGUGGGAGCUGAUGUGAAAAUACAUGAUAAGGCCUCAAACAAGAUCAUCUUUGUUUUUGGUGGACCUGGUUCCAAGAAAGGCAGAUUCAUAGAAAACCUUGUGAACAUGUUUGAGGUAGAACUUAUCAGUGCUGAGGAAAUUAUUGUGAAGACUCUGUCUAAGAAACUUCCUGAAGGGGAGUACUUAGACAAAACAUUUGCAGUCCAGGAAAUGGUGAAAGAGAAGCCAGUUCUGCUGAGUUUGAACUGGGUGUUUCGUGAAAUUAAUAAAAUAUUGGACAGCAAUCAGAACAAGGUGUAUCUGAUUGAUAUCAUGCCAAAUCUGAAGUUCCUUCUUCGCAACGAAAACUACUUGAAAGAUCUUGCCUAUGACAUGGCCACAUUUGAGGAAAGGUAUCCAGUUUCCUUUGCCCUAAACUUGUCUAUGCCUCCUGACAAAGUGGUUAAGAAAAAACCAAAAAGCCCUGCCAAGCAGUCCGGAAACCAGAAAGGUCCCCCAAGCAAGGCAAAAUCAGAUGAAGCAGACUCCUCUAGAACACAGAGAAGAGCUGUUAUGUAUGACACCUGUACAAAGCCUUUCCUGGAGUACUUCCAAAAUUCAGAGAGACUUGUGAAUGUGGACAUGUCUUCAGGACUGAUGGAACUCAUCUGGGAUACAGUAGCAGAUUUCUUUGGGAAUAUGGCAUUUUCCCAUGUUAGAGUUAUUAACUCCGUCAUUUUGUUUUCAUUUGAUGAGCAGGAGUACAACAGAGUUGAUUUGGAAAGAUAUGGGAUGAGAAGUAUAGGUUUACAGUCCUGUGUUGAUGAUCCACAGGCUCCUGUGGAAAAGUUGUUAAAAUCACUAUGCACGAUAAUCAACACCAGUGAAAAGAACACCUGUGCAUUUUCUGUGGAUUUAACAGGAACUGCCAUAACUAAGGAUUCUGCUGACAAGUUUGAAAAGAGGGCUGUGGUAUUUAUUGAUGUUGAGAAAUGCACGCUGGACAAAUACAUAAAAUACCAAAACAAGGGUGUUCCUUGCACUGACGAAUUUAAGGGAGUUCUGUCAGGUGAUAAUGUCGUCUGCUUAUUUCCAAUGGACACCAGUACUGAAUUGUGUCGGCGGAUAGCACUGUGCCUAGCAGAAUGUAGAGCACAUUGAAAAUCUGUUGCAAUGACUGGACAACCAACUAUUUAACUGGAACCAAAGAUUGUAAUAUUUAUUGUGUUUUAUUUACUUUCACAUUUUUCAAAACAUCAACAGUAGAACUUUCUGCAUUGGGUGUAAGAUAACUCCUCUACCCAAAUGCAGUUCUUCGAAAUUAUGUUCUUUGUGAAAACUGCUCAGUAUUGUUCAUUUAAGAGUGGUUUGCAUUUAUUUCUUGUUAAUAAUGUGUUAAUUGGCAGCAUUAACACAUUCCAAGUGCUAUAUUUUAGUGAUGUUUAUGUCCUUAAAUCUCUUGAUGUAUUUUGUUACUUGUGCGGUUUAAUCUUGAAACUCUAGGAGCACAAACCUGAUUAUCACAAAUGUGAUUCAUGACAGUUACUUUGUAUGUAUAAAUUAUACAUAACAUUAUAUAAAUUACAUGUAAAACAGGAUAUAUUUAAUUGCAUUUAUCUCUUAUCUAUUUGGAAUAUCUGCUAACUAGUUCUUCAUUGGAGAAUGCUGCCAUUGGUUUAUUCUCUGAUUUUUUGAUUUCUUACAAUACAUUUAAAUUCUUUCAUGCCUUUGGAAAUCUACCGAAUGCUGCUGUCUUGCCUGUUUUUGUAAUUUGAUUUUCUUACAGUAACUGUUGUGAAGUGCCACGCUUUAAGCUGUUCAGAUUAUUGUAUCACCUCUGUUGACUCUAGAAUGGGAUUGAUAUUCAGGGGUGCAGGAGGCCAUUUUAAAGUGAGGGGGCCAACAGCCCAAGCAACAAACACAAGGGUCCAGGGGCUGCCAAGGCCCCGAAAGCUCUGAAGGAGCUAUGUCGCCUUACAGAUGAUUCGGCGUAUCUUAGAUAUGCCUAUUGAGGUGUUAUUGACUAUUUAAGCCAGUCUGAAAAAAUUGAAAUAGACGUUAAGGUCAAUUGUUUUGCUUGGCUUGGAGAACCAAGGGUCAACAAAGAACAUUGUAACAAUUUAUCCAGAAUUCAACAUUAAAUUUAUGCAUGUCGGAGAAAGGUUGGUGUAGAUUAACUAAUACAAGCAUUUAAGUCGUGUGGAGGAGAAUCGGUAGAAAGAAACAUCCAUGUUUUUACUGGACCUUGGUGGUAAACUUGCCAGCUUAUUUGCGCUGGCUUGCUUUCGAUUGAAAUCAAUGUCAUUCACAUGUAUACAUAUACUUUUUGAUCAGGCCUUUGGCUCAGAAAAAAGGCGUGCAUCUGAUUUAGGGGAAUUGUCAGUAAUGUGCCAAAGUCGGUGGUUACAACGGUUACUUGUCUUUCCUUCACUGAUGAAUCUUGCAACCAUUCCUAAGUGAAAUGAUCUUGGAAUGAUGAUAAACCAUAAUGAAAUAAUUAACUCAACACCGAUGAGUGCAUAUAUUGUACGAAUAUAUUAAUUCUUCUGCUUUGUGGGCGGAAUAGAACUGCAACUUCAUCGCAUUGAAACACAGUCACUAAAUUAGAAAAAAAGAAUUUGAAGUUCCACUUUUUUGUCAGAUUACACUGUACAUGAUUUGCCCUUCCAUUGGAGAAUUGUAUAUAUUAAUAUAUGCUACUUCUAUAUGUGUACUGAAAGUUAAAACAAGCAAACCUACAUAGACCUAUGUAAUUUUGGCACAUUAUCAGUUUGGAUAAACAGGUAUAUAUAUAUAACUUGGUGACACUAGAUCAUGUGAUCUGGAAAAGCAAAAUCUUUGAGAAAUAAUCAAAAUUUACAACCUUAUGACAAUUGCAGCCACAGUUGCAUGGAUGCAGAAAAUACAAAAGCGACGCAGAAAAAUUUUUAUUAAAAAAAGAUUUUCAUUUCAGUAUAUGUGGCAUGAACAUUUGUACUUCAAAAACUGACUACGCUGAGUAAUUCUCUUAAAAAGAAAGGAAAACCAUAAAAUGAACAGCCUGUCGUGAAAAAUGUCAAGGUGGUUGGAUUUAUUUUGAAGAUUAUUUUGAGCCGAGCUAAACGCAUGAGAAAAAUUGCAUUCUAUGUAGACGUAUACAUCAGACACAAUAGGUGCCAGUGCACAGCACGUUUCUGUCAUGUAAAUAUAUUUAUUCAAAACUACAUAAAGCGGCAGUUAUAAAUGCGUUCUUAGACCAAUCCUCAUUGCAAACUACUUUGAGGAAAGAAAACCACUCCAACCAUUAUUACAGAUUGCCACUUGAUAUUAGUGCCUGAUUUUGUUUGCUUGUGGAGGGGCUUGUAUUGCUAGACAACGAAGUUCGAUUUGCAGAUGUCAUAAAAAGGAAUCUAUCGACCGUUGAACUCGACGAAGUUUGUCAGGCGGCUCCAUUUCAAUCAACUGACGAGUCCCAUCUAAGGGAGCUAACAUAUAAACAUAUAUAAAUAUGUAGGCCCAAGGACGGAAAUUUCUGGAACCCGAAAAGGGGGUGGGGUGGGGGUAGGUGGGUGGUCAAAAGAUAUAUUCCCCUCCCCCCUUCCCCCACGUUUGAAACUGGGGGGAGGGGGGGCAUGGUCCCCUUGGCCCCCCGCUUCUUACGCCCUUGAUAUUGUUCCCAGCUGCAAGUGCUUAUUUCCUUAAAUUGGCAUAUAAUUUGUUAAACACGGUUAUACUUCUUUACUGGUAAAGUAUAGAAAUUAAUAUACAUCAUGUAUAACCUAAGCAUCUAACCAAACCAGAAGUGUGUCAUAUACUGUUAAACCAACAGUGAUAGCAAAUUUUUCUCUUUUUUGUGAGAGGAGGAUCAGAUUUUGGUGUCAGUGUCUAGUUUGGUUAAAAGUUUUUGGCCAAUGAAAGGGUUGCAUUGGCCACCCAUAGUACACAAAUAGCCAGUCAUCGGUAGCGAUUUGCAUAUCAAAAGCCAAGGAAGUCUUUCUCAUAGGUCGUUUUGCCGCACUAUCCACAGGGUUGCAAUUGCCUCCCAUAGUACAUGGAUUGGCAAAUGCAGUUCGUGAUUUGCAUGAAUUGUGCAAAUCUCCCCACAGUGUCUUUUCCGACCAUAAUGAUUUCAAUUCCAUAACAUGUGAAGUCACUGCUCUGUAAGCCUUGCGCAUCAGUAAACUGUCAUUGUUGUGAAAGUAUUAUUUUGGUCUUAUUGAUUUAAUGGCAAGAUCUUAGCACUAUAUAAUUAGAGGAUAAUGCCUGUAUAUGACAGUGUCGAUCACUCUACUUUUGUGGGGGUUUAGAGGUCAAUAUUUCAAUGUAUCACAUGACUUGAAUAUUAUGCAGUUUUACAAACUGCUCAAUCAGGCGAGCUACUGGCUUUCUCUGAAUGCCUUGUUGUUGAUGGUAAACAUUGAAUACAUCAAAAUCAACCCCAUUCCAAGGACAAAAGGGGUUUGGUAGGUGUAACAUGUUGGAAGAUAUGUAAUACUGUACUUCAAUUCCAGAGAUCUGGGACCAGUUUCAAGAAGCUUCCAUAGUGUUAAGUAGCCGUUAGCAAAGCGUGCUUUACAUUUUAAUAACUUUCAUUGUGAUGAUAGGCAAUUGUUUACAUAGCUAUGAAGUGCCCUCCUUGAAACCUACUCCUGAACUGUAUACAUUAUAGAUCUGUCUCAUGGUCAUAUUUUGUCUUCAAGUUCACUACUACAUACAGCAUGAGUUUACAAAAUCUUUCUCUUAUGACAGUCUCACCUAUCAGGAGAUACUUUUUUAGGUGUUAAGCCAUUUCACAAUGAUAAAGUAUAGUGUAUGUGACAGCCGGGAAGGGUACAGUAUCAUUUUGUGUCAUAAAAAGUUUCAAAUCUGCUAAAAUAUAUAAUAUAAAAAAAAAGAAAAAAAAAAACAAAAAUCCAAACAUCUUUCCUGCCUUUGGAAAGCAUUAUUAUGCAUUUAUAUUCUUUUUUUUCUUUUAACAGUUCACACUGAUUUUUGUAUUUUUGAAAAUUUCAAUUUCAUGGUGUUCCCUUCAUUAGCCACAUGUGUUUUCAUGACACAUUCUAAGAAAACUCAUGUAUUAUAAUAAAUGCAAUCUAUGUGCUGCAGGUAUGUAAUUAUUGGCCUGGACAUAAAUUACCCAUAAGACACAAAUGGUGUCUGUUUAUCAGUAUUGCUUACAGAGAAGGGAGGACUGGCUUAUUGUAACCUCUUGAAUAGCUGCUGUAUAUCAACAGCAGCAUAAACAUGUUUGGAACAGCCUGUUGUCCAUUACAGUUCAUCACUUCUUUUCAGAGGUUUUCUUAUGAUAUGGAAUAUAUUCCAAUUUCAAUAACGAGGUGAAAAUGUUAGGGGGAAAACAAAACAAAAGAACCCCUGACUAUUCAGAAUUGUUAACCAUGUUUCCAGGGUAACACGAACAACUUAAUCUUGUAUUUGCCAUUUAGGAUCGGAGGUAUUGUGUACUUGUUGUUCUGAACUUUUUCUCACAAGUGCUGAAAUCUGAAGAUGUAUUAAACACAAGUAGCAAAUGGCAUUGGUCUACAUUUGCAACUUGAAAUCCAUGGUGUGCCAAUGCCAAUGUUAAUAUUCGACCAUGUACAUAUGUUACAGUUUUGAUGUAUAAUUGUGUUGUCGGUAGUCCAUUACUACAUAUGGUGGAAGGACAUGAAAAAUAUGUACAAGGAUUCUUCUGCACAGGACAAUCCGUGUCCUAAUUUUAAAUGAAGGGUUUUUUCUUUCUUCUUUUUUUUCUUGAACCACUUCUUUCUGUCCAUAUGUACAACAUUUAUACUCAAACAUUUAUACUCAUCUAGUUCUCAGAAAUCCAAAGUGAUAAAACAUUAAUUGUUCCAUUUUGAUGUCCCGUUGCUGUUUUCAGUUUUUCAAGAGGUUUUAUCUUUUGGGUUUAUUUGUGAAUGUAGGCUCAAUUUUAACAGUGUUGUUACUGUGGAUUUCUUUUUGUGGCCUACUUCAUGAAAACCUGUUACCAGGACAUUCUAGUCUUACCUUAAGAAGGUAUCAUAUCUAGGUACUGAUUGUAAAUAAUAGAUGUGCCCAGUGAUAUAUUGUCAAUUAAUUGUUAUAUUAAAUAGCUAUGUUAGAAAUUUGUUACUUCUUGGCAUUGUUUACACAGUUCUUGUUCACACAUUUUUGAUCUCAAUUCCAUUUCAGAUGUUUUUAAUCUUUUGCUUUUAGAACAUAAAAUAAUAGAUAAAGUAUGUCUCCUGUUG